GAUCAUCGUCAUGUGAUCAAAAUAGGAAGUGGAGCUUGUUGUCUGAUUCAAAACAACUGUUUUAGUUUGGGUGGAAGCACCCGAGAAAUUCGAUUAUUAACCUUAAAGGUUUCCCCAUGAAAAGACGAAAUCAUUCAUGCUUAAUAGUGACGAUGAUGGGGACACUUUUCCUGCUCAUAGUUGUAUUAUAUGGUACCAUCAAUUCACAGCAGUCAGAAACAUCAGGCCUAAAGCCAGAUUACAGACUUCUGGGAAGACAAGUAUACAAACUGGAUAUCAACUGGCCCAAAUACCCUGAGCUUUUCAGCGGCGAGGUGUUUGGAGUGGCUGUCAACCAAUAUACUGGUGUUGUAUAUGUUGCACAGAGAGGUGAGACGGUGCCAAAGGUGCUGGUGUUCUCCACAGACGGAGAGUUCCUGCAGGCAUGGAACACAAGCACCCUGGAGAUGCCCCAUGGGAUCUUUGUGGCUGACGCGGCCACCAACCCUACUGUGUGGGUCACCGACGUAGGACACGGCCCGUAUGGUCACUCCAUUAAGCAGUACUCACCCUCAGGAAAGCUGUUACAGGUACUGGGCUCAAUGGGGGAAGCCGGCUCAGGGGUGAACCCGCUCCAGUUUGACCAGCCUGCAGAGAUCUUUGUCCACAGCUCUGGGGAGAUGUACAUAGUGGAUGGGGAUGGAGGGAUGAACAACCGCCUCAUCAAAUUAUCCAAAGACCUGGAGGUGCUGUGGAUGCAUGGUGAGAAGGGACAGGGCCUUGCCCAGUUCUACAUUCCCCAUAGUGUGGCAGUGGAUAACUAUCAAAGGGUGUGGGUUGCUGACAGAGGAAACAAGCGAAUCCAGGUGUUCAAUUCUGUGACUGGAGACUGGCUUGGAACAUGGGGAAGCUGUUUCACAGAAGAUGCUCCCUACUCUGUCAGGUUGACACCAGACCAGAAGUACUUUGUGGUGGUACAGCUGAACACCAAUCAGAUUACUCUCCUGGAUGCUCCACCUGUGGGUGUGAUUGGUCAGUGCAGGGUAUUCACUGUUAUCCAACUGGCUGAAGACAUCAAGCCCCACCUAGUGGAUCUGGACCUGAAGACGGGGGCACUGUAUGUGGCUGAGAUUGGAGCUCAGCAGACCCAGAAGUUUACCCCAUUCAACCUGGGAACUGGCUUCCUUUAGGUUGGUUAAUGCCCUCUUUUAUGGACCCUGUUCCAGUAUGUUUUCAUUGCAGUAACAUGCCAGAUGUAAUAACGUCUGGUGUUUUAAAAUAUCAAUGGCUUCAGAUUAGUGCAUAUGUCGCUCAUCCACAGAAUGGUAAAUACAAUCCAGAUUAUACGCCAGUGAGCGAGCUGGGAACUCAACUUGCAAUCAGAGAUCCAAUUCUACACAAACUAGUGUUCGGAGUGGAAAUCACACUUCAGCGCUUGUAAUUCUGACAUUAAGGAAGUUCAACAUCAUUGAUGUGAACUUGGCAAUGGACUUUAUAACUGAUGCACACUAUUCACUGGCAACUACAACAAAACCAUCAAUUUAUCAAGCCUUUGAAUGGCCUUGUAGGCGCCAAAUGUGUAGCUUAUGUUUACUUUGAAAAACAUUUCAUAAUUAAAGGGCAUGGUACUGUAGACCAAUGCAGUUUUCCCUAACUCUGAGGAUGCAGGAUCUCAAAGACUAACCAUUCUUGGUUAGAUAACUGCUGAUUUUCAAGCCACACAUCAUCAUGUUUUUCAGUGCUUGAUCUAUUUCCAUUUCUGAAACCUCAUGGUAUACCAACGCACAAGAUGAAAACAUCCAAUGCGUGCAACACCCUGCAAGUUUUGCAACAUAAUCUAUCAAAUGAGUUGCAGUGGUGUGGAUUUGAUUGACUUAUUCUCAACACAUAUGGUUUGAAGCACUCUGUGUCACCCUGGCCUGAGAGAGUAUAGAAACCUCAGUUCUUGCCUUUGGUGAAAAAUCUGCUCUCUGACAAAUGUACUCUGUGUGAUAAUUUUCAGUUUGCUCAAUUAAACAUUUAAAAGCUCUCAAGUGUAACAGAUGUGUGUGUUCAAUGUUGUUUAUGCGCACAUGGCAAUUCUGUGCAUGCUCAAGGGCCAUUUUGUUCAUGCAUGGCAUGUAGGAUUUAUCUGUUGCCAUAAAUAUAAUUUUAUAGCAUUAUACAUGGCAAUCUGAUGUCUGACUGCACAGUCAACAUUGUGGCAAACAACCAUUUGUUGAUACAAAGCAUUUACUGCGCUGUAGUCAACCUGGAAUGCAGUCAUCUUCAUUUGUUUGAGGUUUAUAUGUGUAUAUGUAGCUAAAUAGAUUUCAAUAAACCAGUCAAUGUUCUUAUUUCUCCACAUGCUGCUAAUUUCUAUUAUUAUUUUCCAUAGGCUCAUUAAGACAUAUUCCUUUUGAAAAGUUCUGUAUCAGAUGCUUUGUCUUAAUUUUGUAAUAUUAUUGCAUGUCCAAAAAACCACUCUCUUUGUUAGUCAUAUCAGCCUGUCUUUCUUAUUUUUUUCCUUGGGGAACAAAUUGAAAUUAUUUUAUGGUAUUUGUUGAUUGUAGUUUUAUGCACCUGUGGUUGUUUAUAUUUGGAGGUUCUGGACAUUUUUAUUUAUGUAUAGGUCAUAAUUUAUUUAAAGGUUUUUAAUGUGGUGAAAAUGCAUGAAAGUUUGGUAUUGUUUUUGUUUGUGUAUCGUAUUAUUUAAAUUUUCAUUGGAUUUGUUGCUUUUGAUGUGCCAUGUCGUAGUAAUGCUCUGCUACAAUGAUUUGUAAUGUUGCUUUUUAUUUUUAAACAAAUGUUGACAGAAAUAAGAUGUAAAUAAAGAUAUUGCGAAUCAA